AUGGGUCAAACAUGUGCUCCUGUUACUACCACAACAACUGCAGCAACUGCCACAAUUACAUCCAAUACAUGCACAUCAGGGUGGACCGGCAUCACCAUACUCUACCACUGCUACAAUAAUUGUACCGUUCGUAGUUCGUACGUACAAUAUACAUAUACUUACGUAGCUAUUGCAAAUACAACAGGAAUUACGUUUGCUUUGCGUGAUGAUAUAUAUUAUUUUUCACUUGAUAAUAUAACAGUAUGGAACAAUGCAGCACCUAACACUCAACUACUUCUCAAUGGUGGUUUCGAGACAGGCAUUCUUACACCAUGGAUCUAUUGCAAUCCACAGAAUGCAUCUCAUGCCGGCCAACUGGAAACAGGAAAUGUCUCUGAUGGUUACUAUACGUAUAUGCCUUACUCUGGUUCGAAUUUUUAUCUAGAUGGGUCUGUAGGGAAUACCGAUUAUCUCACUCAAACAUUUUCGACCAAAAUUGGUGAUACAUACACAAUAUCCGUUUGGUUAUAUAAUCCCGGUGCUGUUACAGGCGUUAGUGUUGAUGUUCUUAUGAGUACUUAA